GCCGUGCCCUCAUCUCGCUGCAUGUGCCCCGCACCAUACCCACACCCUCCACGCAUCCCUCCCCCGCCUCCUCUCCCUCCUCCUCGCCCUUUCCCCCACUUUCUGGGCGUGUGGCGAGGGAUGAGGUGGGAGGGGAGGGCACAGCGGGGAAUGGCGCGGCGGGGGAGGGCGUGCGCGUGCGAGUGAGGGGCAGCGCAGUGGACCUGGCGUCCAUGAGAGGCCUCUUCCUCAGAGAGCGGGUCAGCUGGGGCCAGGAGUGGGUGGACCAAUUGCGAGCCGACACGUGGAUGCAUGCUUUCAGCUUCACCGGAGCACAGCAGCAGGAGGCAGGCAGGGAGAGGCAGGGGUGGGAUGAGGGUGCCGACAGGGGCUACAGCAAUGCAGACGGGAGUGCAGUGCAGGAGGGAGAGAGUGCAGUUGGGGCAACUAACAGAGGUGGCACUGACGACGGUGCUGCUGACGUGUUCCAGGUGUUGCUCGAUGCCAGCCAUGGCACCGCUGAGGUGCUUGUGGAGCUGCCUGUCCGUGCACACGCAGGCGCACAGCCACG